AUGUCCGAUUCUGAUAGUAGUGAGGAUGAAAUAAAUAAACAAUUACUGGCAGCGGUAGAUACUUCAUUUCUUUGUGAAAAGCUUUACAAUACACCGCCGGUAGUGGACGCCACAGCUCCUGUUCCAUGUGCUGAUGUGAAACAACCCAAAUCAAAUCGUUACCUAUUGGAAGAGGAUUCAGUCUUCCAUAGCGAUCUCAAUGUGACGACUGCCGUACAAAAACAUGUCGCCGAAAAGUUAUCCAAACUAAUCGGCUCAGUAAUAGAAUUUAAAGAUUCCGAUAAUAUUCAAUCCUCAACUCAACUGGAUUGCUCAACCGAUGACACCGGAGUGCGGCUUUUAACAGGAUUCACCGAAGCAAUUGAUGUAAAUGAGGAUCCAGAAAUACUGCCACCGAGUGUGAAGCCGAAAGCAAUUAAACGAAGAAUGUUGGACUGUGAGUCGGAAUUACCGGUUGCCCAGAGAAUCGCUUCUUGCAUUUGCGAUCCGGGUGCUUUCCCGAAAGAGGUGCAGCAAUGGAAGGGUCCACGAAAACGAUCCAUACAGUAUCAGUACAAGAAGAAACAGGAUGGCACAUUACUGGAAAAGUCUAAUCUACUUGCAAAUGAAUUUACUAAAGCACGCAAUGCAAAUAUGUGGCACGAAAGUAAGAUUAAGAAGUUCAAAGGGAAACCUCAAAACGGUUCAAAAUCUUUUAAUGGUUAA